CGUGUAAAGGGAUAUUUUUUCGCAUCUGGUAGCCCGAGGGCACUGUCAAAAACGUCAAAAUUUUAUCUCGUUCUGAAAGAUUUUGAUCGUCGUCCAUCUGUUUCUGUCACACUUUUUUCCAUCGUGAGUGUUUCGCAAGUGCUAGGAAAAGCGAAAAGAAAACAAUCAUGCUUCGCUCUGCAGCUGGUCAACUUUUCGGUGUUCUCCGCGGAACCGUCGGCUUGACGACAUCCCGGCUGGGCGCUGCUGGAGCUGUCCGCCACUCGCACAGCAACGAGAGUGCUGAAGAAUUCGAUGCUCGCUAUGAGGCCUACUUCAGCCGAUCGGACAUUGACCACUGGGAGGCCCGCAAGGGAAUGAACGAUCUGCUCGGUAUGGAUCUGGUUCCAGAGCCAAAGGUGAUCAUUGCUGCCUUGAAGGCUUGCCGCCGAUUGAACGACUACGCUCUGGCCAUCCGGUUCCUGGAGGGCUGCAAGGACAAGUGCGGAAACCAGGUCAACCAAAUCUAUCCCUAUCUGCUGCAGGAAAUUCGCCCAACUCUGACCGAACUGGGCAUCGACACACCCGAGGAGCUGGGCUACGACCAGCCGGAGCUGGCGUUGAAAUCGGUUUUCGAUAUGCACUAAAUGGGUUGUAUUGACCAAUGGUGCUACCUAGAAGAGGCCCUGGAGCAACAUUAGUUGAAAUAAGUGAAUAAAGUGGUCGGAAAUAUUCCGGAAUAAGAAAAAAUCGUUUAAGAAUGGUUAUGUAAUCAUUGGCGAUUGGUCGUCACAGUGAAAGAAAUGCGAAAUAAAACUGGUAAAAAUAUGAA